AGAAGAAGUGGCAAGUAUCAACAAAUAUGGGGCAGGCCCUGAGUACCAGAUGGUAGGUGGUAUGGUAGACUGGGAACUACCGACAGGACCCCAGGUGCAGGCUGUGCAAAGAUACCUCUGAAACAAUUCAGCACAAGAUGCUAGCAGGCAGGACAUAAAAUGGCAUAACCAAGUGGCUGGCAUAGUGUACAGAAACAUCUGUGCUGUGUACAGGCUGGAAGUCCCAAAUUCCAAAUGGGACACACCUCCAAAGGUGGUUGAGAAUGACACAGCUAAGAUCCUGUGGGACUUCCAGAUACAGACCGACAAGCUGGUAAUGGCCAACCAACCAGACAUAGUAGUGGUGGACAAAUAGGAGAACAAGGCUGUAGUGAUAGAUGUAUAUGUGUAUAUAUGUAUAUACGAGUGUUCAAAAGUAUAUACAUAUAUAGAGACUCGUAUAUACGACUCUUCAAAAGUUCAGACAAGGGAACUUGAGUUUGGGAGUGAGUAAAAAGUACCGUAGCGGAGUACAUGUGUGUGACUGACAGAGACAGCUGCUGUUCGGGCUCGAGCGACAAAAGUAAAACCUGGAGUGGAGUUCGAAAAAACAUCUCUCCGACUCCCCCUCUGUCACGUCUCUGAUAGAGCUCAUUAAAUUGUUUUGUGUUUUGCUUGGUUCAGAAAAUAAAAUACAUUUCAGCAUUAGGAAUUCAGCAUCUUAUCCAAAGUGCUUCUAGACCCACACUGGACUGUGACUGUCAUUCGACUUAUGUCUCUACCCACACAACCAAUAUCCUGACCAGGUCACGGAUACUGUGGUCUGGACGCAGUUUUCCCCAGUUGACAACAGAGGUCAGCAGAAAGUAUCCCCAGCCCGUCCCAUUCGCCUUUGAGAGGACGUAUGGGGUCUUAGGCUUUUAUUUUGAAGGUUGGUUUUGAGAGUUUUGCGCCUUAACGUGGUUAAUUACCGGGACUGCUCAUCUGUUUCCAUAAAAGGGGGCUCACAUUCUUACAGAAGUGUGUGGAGAGAGAGAGCGAGAAAGAGCGAGAGAGAGCGAGAGAGAGCGCGCACAUGAAUGCGCGUUAUCAGCGGCAGACGCAGAGGGAAGCGCACACACAAGGGAGGGUUUUUUAAAUCGUCCACGGACCACUUGGCUUCUCGGACCUAAUAAACAUGCACCUCCUGGGUAUCUCUCUCCUGCUCACAUACCUUCUCUACACCACCAUCGCCAGCGACUACUAUGAUUACUACGAGCAGUCUACAGACGAGCCGCUCUGUGCAGGGUGGGGGUGAAGCAGCAGCAGCCAGUCAUGAUCACAGCAUACUCUUAAUUGGGAUGAUAAGCUCCUGUCUUCAAACCUUUAAAUCCUCCAAGUUGACCUCAGGAAUUCAAACAGCUGAUUUCGACUAACAUGUCAAACAGAUGCCGUCUGUCUGCUCGAGACCUGCUUUCUACCUGAAAACCAGUCGUUUAAUGUGUUGGAUCUUCUUAGUGUUCAGAUGGUGUAUGUAUUUACCCAGGUGUGUGUCCGUCUUUUGGUUCUUCAUCUGUCUGCUCCACUUUGUUGUUUGCUAGUUGUACUGCUUUAGCUGUGCUUUGUGUUUCUUUGUUUCUAUUGUUUGUUUUAGUUCUUAAAUUCUUGGUUUCCUGCAGAGUAGUGAUGUAAUAGUUUUUUCUCCAUGUCCAAGUUCAAUAGAUUUAAACAUUUUAUGCGUAGACAUGUACUUGUCAAAAAACAGACCCUUUAAAACUAAUGAUUUCAUUUUCUGUAUCUGAAUAUGUUUCCUGUCCUAUUUUAAAGGUUUGGUUGUUGUGAGCUGUAAUAGUGAGUGACAGUGGAUGUGAUGACAUGUCAGCACCUACUUCAUGUCUCUGAGGCUCAGUUUGGUUCAUUAUGGUAAACAUGGAUCAGAAUAGAACAUUAUCAGAACUGGUGUUGCUCAUCUGCUGGGCCAGGACUGAAAGGAAGCAAAGCUGCACUGGUGACCUGUCCCGGUGAACCCGCUUGUUUGAACGCUGUGACAGGCAAUGGCUGUUCUGUUCACUAACACGUGCUCUGGCCUGUACAGGUUCAUUCAUGAUGCAAAAACCUGCUCUGCUGUGCUGCUGUGUGCAUGUUCCCAUCCCAACAGCUGCAGAUUGAAAGUAGGUGGGUGAAACCACUCCCAUGUGCGUUACCCACCGAACAUUAGGACCCAUACACUGGACUCUGAAUCGUGCCUCUGCAUUUUGUCUGCAUGAGCUGUCCACACUCUUUGCCCCUGCUAAACAGGCUUGUUGCAGCAAAACCAUAACAUAACAUAACAUAACAUAACAUAACAUAACAUAACAUAACAUAACAUAACAUAACAUAACAUAACAUAACAUAACAUAACAUAACAUAACAUAACAUAAAAAAAUUAUUUAAAUUAUUUAAUUAAAUAAACUUUGAUAUUUGAAUGGUUUCUGUAGCUGAAAGUAUGCGGGACUAGUUGGAUGCAGAAAAAAUGUACAGAAAAAACAAAGCAACUAGAUAAAGCAUUUCCAGAGGAAAAUGCACAGUGAAUGUUUCCAUGCUGAAUGUAUUAGUGAUAAAUUGCUGAAGGUAGCUGAAACAUUUAAAACAUAGCUGAAAAGAGCAAAAGCAUGUAAAGCAUAGAUGAAUGUACCUAAAGAGAAUUUUGAGUUAUUUAAACAGAACUGAAUAUUUGCAAAAUAGAUACAGAGAUGGAGAAAUGGAGAAAGCAUCUGCAAGUAUUUGCUAAACAGUAAAACAGUCUCAUUUAAUUAUUCACAAUUAACCAGUCAGAAGCAAAACAUAGUGCCAUUGAAGAUAGAGAUUUGGAUUGGUGCUUUAUUGUGAAAGGAACUUGAGGACAUGUGUGUCCUAAAUUGCUAAAAGAAAGCUCAUUAAGUAAUCUAAAACCAGAAAAACGGGCUACUUAGGCUAAAGAUUUACAUUGGUGCUUCUAGUUUGAAAGGAUUGGGAAAGGGGUGGGCAAUUGCUAAAGUGUAAAAUAGUCUCAUUCAUUAGCAGUCAUUAACCAGUCAGAGGCAUAAAUAUUACCAAUAAAGUGUCAGGUUUGCUUAGCGAGGGCGGCACGGUGGUGCGGUGGGUAGCACCGUCGCCUCACAGCAAGAAGGUUCUGGGUUCUGGUGCCUUUCUGUGUGGAGUUUGCACGUUCUCCCCGUGUUUGCAUGGGUUCUCUCUGGGUUCUCCGGCUUCCUCCCACAGUCCAAAGACGUGCAUUGUUGAUUGGCCUCUCUCCAUUGCCCGUAGGUGUGAGUGUGUGUGUGAAUGGUUGUAUGUCUCUGUGUUGCCCCGCGAUGGACUGGCAGGGUGUACCCUGCCUCUCACCCAUAGCCAGCUGGGUUAGGCUCCAGCACCCCCAUGACCCCGCAUAUGGGAAUAAGCGGCUUGGAAAAUGGAUGGAUGGGUUUGCUUAGCGAUCGGACCCACAUGCACAGUGUAGACACUAUAGUAAGUUUGCAGAACAGUCUUUAUUCCAUAAUCGUAGUCAGAGACAGUCCGGGUCAUACCACAGGAGAUCUCAACAGGCAAGGGUUCGUUAACAGAUAGACACGGUAAAGGUACAGGUAAGGAGCAGGCUUUCUCAGGGCCAGACGGUCGACGUUACCCAAUGAAGAUACAGGCAAGGGGCAGGCAGGAGUCAGGAGUCAGGUUCCGAAACACGAUCAAGGACACGGUAGACAAUUCGAGAAUGCUGGAAAGUGGUGACAAACACGCGACAAUCUGGCGUCUGACUGCUGAAUGAGGUGGUGACUAAAUACUGGUGGUGAUUACUAAUUAUUGUCAGGUGUGCAUGAUGAAGACCGGUGAUGACAUGAAAACAGCUGUGGUGUGAAUGGAGCAGUAAACAGGAACAGAACUAAAACAUGACAUAAAGGUAUAAAUUGUAUUAAAGGUGAAUUAAGUUGGUGCUUUCAUUUUGAAAGGAUAUUAAAGAAGCAUAUGCAAGUAAUUGCUAAACAGUAAAAUAGUCUCAUUAACUACUCAUAAUAAAACCAUAAUAAACCAGUUAAAAGCAGAAAUAUUCCCAUUUGUAGCUAAAGAUCUGGAUUGGUGCUUUUAUUUUGAAAUGACAUAGAGCAAGUUUAUGCAGGUAAUUGCUAAACAGCAAAAUACUCUCAUUAACUGCACAUAAUAAACCAGUUAAAGAUAGCUAAAAAUCUGGAUUGGUGCUUUUAUUAUACUUUAUAUAGGAUUUGGAGGUGGGGUGUGUGCUUAAUAGCUUAACUGUAAAAUAGUCUCAUUACCUAGUCACAAUUAUAAAUUCAAAAGCAAAAAUAGUGCUUUUAAAGCUAAAGAUUUGGAUUGGUGCUUUUAUUUUGAAAGGUUUGAAAGGAUUCAGAGGAUUUGUCUGAUUAAUUACUAAACAUUCAAACAGUGUAAUGAACUAAUCAGUAAUUUGCAUAGAGCUGCUACACUGAGCAUCAGGAGUUUGACCUGUCAAUCAAAUUAUUAUUAUUUGUGAAACAUGGGGUUUGCAGUUCAAAUCCAGUUGAUCUUCCCGAUGUUUGUCUUAUCUUAAUAGAUAUUAUCUUGUCUUUUACUAGAUAUUUCACAUAACCAAUAACUGAUGAAAUAGUAUAUAUAACUAUAACAAUAAUAAUAAUAACAUGCAAAUUGAAUGUAAUUGAAUUACAUAAAGUUUAGGUUUUAGUCAUUUGACAGGCAGUGACAGGCUGUGGGAGUGUGAAUGGGAGGUGGAGUGGAGGGAUGACUGAGGGUCAAAGGGUUAGAAUGCACCAUGAUCUGAGAAGCUGAGAGUCUCAAAUGACCGCUUUUAUCAGCCAUCAUUGGCACUGCAUAUGAGGAACAAGCUUGUGACUAUUGGUAUGAAACAUAUAACAGUUAUUGUUCAUAAUAUUUAAUAUUAGUCCAGGUGUUUGCUCAUGGAACAACGUGAUCCACUGGGACCACACAUUUACAUUAUAUUCAUGAGAUGUGAGGUCAGUGGUUUGACUACUGGUUCCUGAAGCCCUGGAUGAGGUGCUUCUUGCUCUGUUCUGUUCUCACGCACUGGAACAGAAUGUUUUCUCUCUGUCUACACUCACUACAGACACGUCAGAGUGCAGCUAUGAGCGUCCAUUUUUUUACCAAACAUUACAGGAAUGUGACGUUUAUAUUGUUUAUUUUUAUGUGAACUCAUAGCAGCCUCUUGUCUUAAGGUGUAUGAAGAGGUUUUUAGAGCAAGUUCUACUAAUCAGUGGCUAUUUCUUUGGGAAUAAGCAUUAUUAUUACUGCUUUCAUGUCCUGAAGGGAACAUGGAUGUAGAAAAAAAGAAAGACAUCAGUUGUAAUACAUAUUUGACAGGGAAAGGUGUGGGUAGAAAAGGGUAAACAACAUUCAGGACUUCCCGCAGAACAAGCGAGUUUCAGGUCUGCUGCCUGCCAGCGUGUGCGGUAACCACCAGUUCACAUUCAUCUUAUCUUUUCUGGCUCACUUUAAUCUGAUCUACACGCUUGUGUCUGGGUGUGAAGCAUCAUGGUCCAUGGGAUGAGAACAUCUUCGCUUCAUCCUUCAUCCUGCUAAGGCCAUGUGCUGCCCUGAAGAUUUCUGAUUUCUGUUGUCAGAGGAAUAAUUAUUAGGUGAAGGACACUGGUCCUGGAGACCCCAGAUGGCGCCUACAUGCUUCAUGUAAUGUUGUGUUUUUCUCUCUUUGAUGUAUGUGAGUGUGUGACAGGUCUUUUUCAUGUCUGCUGCAUCGGAUUCUUUUACCAUCUGUGCUUGAGUGGUAUUUAGCUUUGCUUUGAAUGUUCCAUCAAAACUCACCGUCUGCUUAGACAUGGUCCCCAUCAGGAGCUAGUUACGGCAUGUCAGGUUGAGCUGCAUGUGUUUGUGCUUUUAUCUAAAUAGACUGAGUUGUCUGAAAUGAGUCAUGUUGAGGUACAUGUGAGUGAGGUAGUGGGGUAUGCACAGGGAUAAAACACUAACCAUAGCCUCAGACUACCUCAUCCCAGCCGCUUUCCACUCAGCCACAAACUGCCCCAAUGCACACUGGAGGUCCUGGCCUGAUGAAGCCAACAGGACAACGCCCUGCCAAAGUCCAACAUGCACCGGGAACAGGUCUUACUGUCGGCAAUGCGAACCAAGUUCCUGCUCCGGUUUACAGACUGGACAGCCCUUGGACCCCAUACUCCUGGAGUACCCCCCACAGAAUGCCAGAGGGGAUGCAAUUGAAUGCUUUCUCCAAGUCUACAAAACACAUGUGGACUGGUUUGGCAAACUCCCACAAACCCUCACCUAGUGAGGGUGUAGAGCUGGUCAAGCGUUUCACAACCAGGUUGAAAACCACAAAAAGGCACACUAUGAGCUGAAUUCUCCUCUCCAGUACCCUGGAAUACUGAAACAAAUUAGCAAUUUAGCAUUACUGAGUUUACUGUGUGUUAAUUAGUCUGAUGGUGACAGUGUUCUCAUUUCAAUACAUGAAGAACAGGAAAGAGGAGUAUAGUGACAAAGCUGGGCCUCAGUCAUAAGGCUGCACAGUGUCUGGAUUUUUAUUCAAAAUGACUCUAUUUUCAGUUGCUUGGUUCCUUGAAGCUGUUGUGAAAAAGAAAAGACUGUUCUUGUGAAAACACCACCCAGACACAAGGAGAAACACAAUGAAUGAGGGGAAACAGAGGCAGGAUACACACGAACGCACACACACGCAUGCAGUGUGUGUGCGUGUGUGUGUGUGUGCAAGCUUGCAGCAAACAAUCCCACUGUUCCUUUCUGCACAAUACCAUAUAUUUCAUUGGUCUGAAGGACAGGAAGUGAGAUAACAUUCAUAUACGCUGCACAUGCAACUAACAGAGAUAAAGAAUUAGAUUGUGACCGAGCAGCUCUAAAACAUCCUCUGACCAAUAACAUACUCCUAUUCACGUGGUUCUCUAAAUGUGAUAUAGAGACAGUAUCAUCGUGUAUAAAGUCCUGCUAUGUCAUAUGGCGGAGUCAAGCCGAGGCAAUUUUAUCAACAGAUGCCUGUUUGGUUUCUUUCAUUACAGCAUUCUCAUAAUCUGGCAACUUCAGCAUUAGACCAGUUGUUGGCCCCCUCUCCCUCAGCCCUGUGACUUUUGAAUAGAGUCAGAGUAUUAAGUUUAAAAUUAUUUUGUACAUUAGUUCGUAUUUUUUAUGUAAUUUUAAAUGUGAUCAGGUAUGUAAAUUCUCAGGUGUAAUGCAAAGAACUACUGGACCAGUAUCUCACAGCCCUGAGGUCCAGGAGCAACAAUCACGUUAACCUGGCAAAAUAAAUAUUUUAAUCGGGUAUUAUUUUGUAAAAUUAUAUUUUACAUUGUUUAAUGUGCUAUUUACAAGUUAAUGCUGAGGUGAUGUGUAGGUGUGUUGGACAGAAGCAAUUUGACUUGUGAUGGUUGGAACUUUUAAAGAGGCACUGGUGAGAUGGAAGCAUCUCCUGUGUACAAUUUGUACCUCUGUAAAUGACCACCAUGCAUAUUUUGCAACCGGUCACUCAGCGGCGGCGCAGCGUGGGCGUGGCUGCUGGACACGAGCGUCUGCACACCUAGGCACACAUAUGGACGCUGCACACACAGAAGACUCCCCACCAAAGCCAGAUGUGGAGCAGAAGCUCCGCUCCGCCUCCAGCGUGGAUGAACUGAUGAGUCUCAUUUAUCCGUCGUAUUGGGCUGCUCUUAAGUGCAGAUCCAAGAUGUCUGCGGCCAAACUGUCCCUGCGGCCGCAACUUCACCGACUGAGGCCUCUGACUGAAGCAGAGGAGCUGACAUAUGGUGCCGCCUACCUCAAUCUAGAUGUCCUGAAAAGUAUAGAGUUGGAGUGGAGGAGAACUCAGUGCAUGCCCAGGGAAGUGUGUGUCGAUGUGGGCAGGGAGUUCGGAGCUCCUACCAACAUAUUCUAUAAACCGCCUUGUGUGUCCGUGUACAGAUGUGGAGGAUGCUGCCACUCUGAAGACAAACAGUGCAGGAACAUCUCCACUGGUUACCUCAGCAAAACUCUGUUUGAAAUCUCGGUGCCGAUCAGCCAAGGCACCAAGCCGGUGACCAUCAGUGUGGCCAACCACACCCAGUGCAGCUGUCUGUCCAAGCUGGAUGUUUACAAGCAGGUUCACAGCAUCAUCAGGAGAUCCCUGCCGGAGUGCCCAGUUGCCAAUAAGACGUGUCUCCCUGGUCAGGCUUGGAGCUCCGGGCUAUGCCAGUGUAGCUCGGCUGCCAGUGUGAACCACAACCCCCCUUUACCACCACCACCUCCUUCAUGGCAGCCGCAACAGAACCUCGACAUCUUCUCUGCAGAUGUGUGUGGCUCCGAUAAGGAGCUGGAUGUAGAGACCUGUCAGUGUGUGUGUCGGCGUAGGGAUCCCAGUGACGGCUGUGGGCCCAACCAACAUGUGGAUCGCAACACCUGCCAGUGCGUCUGCAGCACCGCCUUCACCCCAUCCUGUCCAGUCAACCACGUCUUCAGCACAGACACCUGUCAGUGUGUGUGUGCCCGGACGUGUCCGAGGCACCAGCCGCUCAACAGAACCAAGUGUUCCUGUGAAUGUAUUGAAUCACCAAACAAGUGCUUCCUGAAAGGACGGCGCUUCCAUGUAGCUACCUGCAGCUGUGUUCGACCUCCCUGCGAGGUCAGAAGGCGAAGGUGUGAACCAGGAUUCUCCUUCAGCGAGGAAGUGUGUCGCUGCAUCCCAUCCCACUGGAGGCGGCUGGACUGACCGUCCCCAAGAGACCUGCUGGUUAUCAGCUGUGAUGGCAGCUAAGUGUGUAAUACCUUGAUGGGUAUGUAAAGGCCUGAAUGACUGGAGCGCAGAUAUGGAACCUGGUGAAUUGUGGGAAAUACACUGACUCUGCUUUGAGGAUGUUUAAUUGGGAGCGUGACUGAUUCAAGCCCUGGACUAAAAGAGACACACUCACAACUUUUUCUGUGUUCUUGUAUUAAUUUUGUCUCUAUGUUUUUAUGUCAGAUAUUGAUUAUAUAAUUUAUUAAAUAUUAUUUCAUGAAAAUGCACAUUGAUCUGUAUUUUUAUUAUAUAAGUAUAUGUGUAAAAUAAAAUAUAUACUGGAUGUUAAAUAUUAAAAUGCAACAGCAGACAGCCGGAAUGCAUUGCAGCUCCAAGAGUGUCAAAAGUAAAAAAAACCUUGAUUGGUUGAAGUUAAACAGUGAUAACCAAUUAGAGAUGUGAAGUUCGAUUCGAUCGAUGUAAAACGUGUAAUUGGUUAGGACUGUUUAACCUUAGCCAAUCAAGUUUGAACGACGCUUUUUAAUUUUGACACUCUUGGAGCUCGUUAACAGAUCAUGCAAUGCCUUCCAGCUGUCUGCUGUUGCAUUUGAAUAAAGGCACCCCUAACCCCUGAGAAAAAGAAAUGCAAUUAAUAAGUCUUUUUUCAAACUUUAUUAAUUAAAUUGGAUAUUGAAUCAAGACUUUACAAACAAAACCAUACAAAAUUCACUUUUUGGACAUUCCAGUACAUUUAUAUGACUCUCUGGUUCAUGUUAAUACACUCCUGGUGUUAGAAGUAGACUCCCUACUUAUUUCAGAUUUAGCAACUAUACCCAAUCCGGUUCAAGAGCCAUCAGGUUCAAAUUUGGCAAACUGUCUAUGUCUCCAGUCUUUAGACCACUCACAGAACCCACUCACAGGGCCCCGCCCAGACAAACCUGGACCCCGAAAUUUACCUGCAACAUUGUGUUUCAGUCACUUACUGUGAUACGAACUGACAUGGCGCCAUUAGGGUUUCAAAAAGAGCUCCGUUGUCGGUCGUUCCAACCAGCAUUGCAACCUUUUCAUUUCACCAGCGGAGCAAGAAAGGAGAACUUUAAGGAUUAAUUUUAUUGUAAAUGGACCGGUGCUGGCACCCCUGCCUAAAUGCUUGUUCGUGUGUGUUUCAUUUCACCUCCGACUGCUUUGAAAACGAGGGUAUAUUUAUUACUGGGCUUGAAGUUGAAGAAGGGCUCUGUUCCUACAAGACGUACAGAUGGAGCGGUUUGUUUUCGCUGAUUUCAGUCGACUGUCAGUCACCUUUCUGACGCUGAUCACACACUUAUCACACCCUCAUAAGCCGACUGUCAGUAGCCCCCCUCUUUGGUCUGUCUGGGGAAGGCCACCCGCAUUUUAGCACCAAAGACGCAAUUCCAGGGUAAAACCAAAAGGUGGAGCUUUAGUAUCUGACCUGUAGAGUUAGGGUCAAACAGCAAGUAUAGGCACAGUUCUGAGAACAGGACAUAGAUCUGAUAAUGUCAGUUCUACACUGUUUGCUAGGGCAGACAGACAAACUGACAGACAGACAGACAGACAAUAGUCUGUCUAAACAGUGAACUAAAAAGUUGAGAAAACUUGGAAAGUUGACUUCAUUUUAGAAUUUAAUGUUGUACUAACUUUUUUUUAUUCAUAGAUAAGCAUCGGCAGCUCACGCUGCCACAGCUGCCAAACUACCUUCUGGAGGUUUAUCAGUUACUGGCUGUAUUAGGUUGAGUUGGACUUCACAAAAGUACCUAAUGAAAUUAUUAAAUUAUCAUUCUACAGAUGGAGUGGUUUAUUUUCGCUGAUUUCAGUCGACUGUCAGUCACCUUUCUGACGCUGAUCACACACUUAUCACACCCUCAUCAGCCGACUGUCAGCAGCCCCCCUCCUUGGUCAGUCUGGGGAAGUUGUUAAAAAUGUUAAUGAGGCCACCCCCAUUUUAGCACCAAAGACACAAUUCCAGGGUAAAACCAAAAGGUGGAGCUUUAGUAUCUGACCUGUAGAGUUAGAGUCAAACAGCAAGUAUAGGCACAGUUCUGAGAACAGGACAUAGAUCUGAUAAUGUCAGUUCUACACUGUUUGCUAGGGCAGACAGACAGACAAACAGACAGACAGACAAUAGUCUGUCUAAACAGUGAACUAAAAAGUUGAGAAAACUUGAAAAGUUGACUUCAUUUCAGAAUUGAAUGUUGUACUAACUUUUUUUUAAUCAUAGAUAAGCAUCGGCAGCUCACGC